AUGGAAGACAGCAGAGUGUCUAUUAAUGUGGAGAAAGUGGGAUCAGUUGAAGGAGCUGAAGGAAGCGGGUCGGCUGGGAAAAGUGAAGUCAUAGGACAUAACUGCGAUGAGGAUAUGGUUACUAACGUCUCACUGAGUCGAGUAUCAAAAAAAAGCGGCAUAAAGAAGAAGAAGAAAGAUAAAUGCUACUACGAGAAAUGUGGAUUUACAGCUCUUAAGUUCAUCGGUGACUGCCAGUUUUGCCAAGGGCAUUUCUGCUCUCGCCACCGGAUAAUGGAAAACCACUCUUGCCAAGGACUCAAAUCUUGCAAAGAACAAAUGCAUCAACGCAACGCGGACAAGCUGGCCGCAGAGCAAACAAUCGUCGCCAAGAUCCAAAUAUGA